UCAAAGUCGGGCGAUAUUGAAUGGGCCUAAAAGUUUCCGGCCCAACUCACUAUAUCUUCUUAUUCGAGGUCCUGGCAUCUGCGGUGCGGAGGAGAAGGGAGGCGGCGAGGGAAUGGAGAGUUGCGGGCGGAGCAGUCUGAGCGUAAUAGCCUCCUCAAGACCGUUUCAAUAUCUCCCGUCAAGUGGCCGUCUUUUUCCCUCCCUUAGCUUAAUGCAUCUGAAGCGAAAGCUAUCUCUCUCCACCACCUCGUUUUCCUCCAAAAUUUUCUCUCCUCUGUGCGAGUCAGACAAGGGAAGUCCCCUACCGCGAGGGGCGGGAGAAGGAAUCAAAGAAGAUGCGAGGAAUAAGCUGCUUCAAGUAGUUCUGGUCUCUCCCCAGAUACCUGGGAAUACAGGUUGCAUUGCAAGAACAUGUGCGGCCUCAGCUGUUGGGCUGCAUUUGGUCGGGCCAUUAGGUUUUCAAGUUGAUGACGCCAGAGUAAAGCGAGCUGGUUUGGAUUAUUGGCCUUAUGUGGUUGUCAGAGCGCAUAGCUCAUGGGAUGAGUUUCGAGAAUAUUUCAGGCAGCAGGAAGGAGAAAAACGUAUGAUAGCUUUCACAAAAAGGGGAACAAGGAUACAUUCAGAAUUCUCUUACCGAAGAGGCGAUUACCUCUUGUUCGGGUCAGAGACAAGCGGUCUUCCUCCUGAAGCGCUGUUAGACUGCAAAAAGGAACCAUAUGGAGGGGGGACCCUACGUGUUCCGAUGGUAGAAACAUAUGUGAGAUGUCUAAAUCUUUCAGUGAGUGUGGGAAUUGCCGUGUAUGAAGCUUCCAGACAACUGAACUAUGAGCAAAUUGAGUGUGCGCCUGAAGGCUGUGUGGAGGGUGAAGAAUCAUUGUUGACAGAUGAUAUAUUUGCGUGAUAUAUUGGAUGGUUGCGAAGAAAGAAGAUGAGGCAUAGCUAUAAUGGUUGGUAAGCAUUGAUAUGCAGGCAGCACAUGGAUCAGGUUAUCAAUAUUACCAAUGUUUACUUGGAAAUUUCAUCUUGAAGGAAAGACUACCUUACCUCUUCAUUUUGUAGCUGCUUAUCAUUUUGUACCUUACCAGGGAUGAGAAAGUUUUUGAGUCUCGAGAUUUAGAAUUGGAACGUUUUCUAUUCGAGAAAUCCUGGCUUAGCUAGUUUCCUGAAUCAUAAGUACUAAAGACCCCAA